AUGACAGUUGUCAACGACCCAGUGAAGGCCUUAGCUCUGGCCCAAGAGUUAUCCGUCCUCUUGGCCAAGGGCGCAAUCGAGCCAGUAGACCCUCUGCUUCAGUCCGGGGAGUUCUACUCGGCGUACUUUCUUGUGACCAAGAAAGUCGGCGGAUUCCGUCCAGUUCUGGACCUCAGAGGACUCAACAGAUUCCUGAAGGUGCUGCCCUUUCAUAUGCUAACCACAGCAGACACCCUUCGUGUUGUCACACAGGGGGAGUGGUUCGCAACCGUGGACUUGAGGGACGCCUACUUCCACGUGCCGAUUGCAUCCCAUCACCGGAAGUUCCUGAGGUUCGCCUUUCGGCGCCAACACUAUCAGUUCCGGGGUCGUGGCGGCAGCUCUCUCACCCCUGCAAGCGACUGGCUGGUCUGCGCGCCAUCCCGGCCUCACGUGGCCCAGGAUACGGCGCGCCUCUUGUCUCACGUAGCCCGGUUGGGCCUGAGAGUGAACACCGAGAAGCGUUGUCUGGACCCUGCCCAACAGGUCACUUACCUGGGGAUGGUCCUAGAUUCGGUCGCCAUGAGGGCCUACCUGACACCUCGUCGUGUGGACGACAUUUCCCACCUUCUUCCCAUCUUCAGGCUGGGCAAGAUGGUGCCUUACAUCCAGUUCCUCCGGCUCCUGGGCACACUGUCGGCUGCCUCAGCCAUUGUGCCCUUAGGCCUGCUGUCUCUGCGCCCCAUGCAGAUGUGGCUGAACAGCCUCCACUUUGACGCCAAGUGGCACAGGCACAGGAGAGUCAGGGUGUCACAGUGGUGCCUCCACUCUCUGUCACGCUGGGGGGACAGGGCCUAUCUUCAGAUGGGUGUGCCCAUGGGCGCCAUCCCAUCCCGCCGGGAGACUGUCACUGUGGAUGCAUGUCUCUCUGGGUGGGGUGCAGUGUGGCAGGGCAGAACUGCUCAGAGUCAGUGGUCCGCCCAGGAGGGUGCGCACCAUAUAAAUGUGCUAGAGCUUCGGGCUGCGCUGCUUGCACUCAAGCACUUUUUACCCCAACUGGCGGGCAGGCAUGUGCUUGUUCGUUCGGACAGCAUGUCCGCCGUUGCCCAUAUCAACCACCAAGGGGGCACCAGGUCCGUUCAGCUGCUCCGGCUUUCACAGAACUUCUUGUCUUGGGCGUCUCCCCGUCUGACCAGUCUGCGGGCAGCCUUUUUACCAGACCGAAAUCAGGUUGCGGAUUUCCUCUCUCUGCACAAACCUCCACCGGGGAAGUGGAGGCUUCAUCCAGACGUGGUGGAGUCAAUUUGGAGCCUUUUUGGCAGAGCCGAGGUGGACCUCUUCGCCUCGGAAGAAUCGAGGCACUGCCCCCUCUGGUUCUCCUGGACGGAGGUGACCAGCCCGAUGGGGCAGGACGCUCUGGCGCACGACUGGCCAGACAGUCUCCUGUAUGCCUUCCCACCACUGUCUCUGAUAUUGCAGACGCUUCACAGGGUUCUUACUCAGGGGCACAGGCUCCUUCUGGUCGUUUGGUUCCCACUGCUGCGCAUUCUCUGCUGCAGCCCACCAUGGCAUCUCCCCGACAGGAAGGACCUUCUGUCACAGCUCGGAGGUCAGAUCUGGCAUCCCGACCCUCACCGCCUUCAGCUCUGGGCCUGGCCUCUGAGGGGCCAAACCCACUGUUGA